UACACCUUGUCCUUCCAGGCGCCCGGUUCGUGCACGAUCCCUUGGCUCAAUCGUUCCUGGUCUGGGAGUUCACGAUACACGAGGAUUACAAUAAGGAAUCCGUUUUCUCUAAUGACAUCGCAGUCGUGAUGAUCUCGGGAGAAUUUCAGUUUGGUCCAAACGUGCAGAGAGCUGUGCUGAUAGACCAUAAUAAAUUAAGAAACAAAAAGAAUUUCAGAGUGGCUGGGUAUGGUAAGACUAAGUAUAAUCAACAACCGUUUGAGAACACCAAAUUCAUGAAAACUACUUUACAAUACGUGAAAAAGAAGAGAUGUUUGAGAUUGAUCGAAGAGAAACUGGGUCCGCACGUGUUCUGCCUGGGCGGGAACAAGAAGGGCAGAGAUACUUGCCAGGGGGACUCCGGGGCUGGGGUCUUGUGGAAGAAUCUGACGGUGGGCAUGGUGUCGUUCGGGAUUGGCUGCGGCGUUAAGCCCGGCGUGUACGUGCGUGUGUUCAACUUCCGGAGCUGGCUGCUCACCGCGGCGGCGCGCCUCGCCAGCGCCUACUGCCAGCACGCGCGCGGCUGAAUACAGGGAGAGAAACGGGAUUGUGUUUUGUUUUAUU